UGUCCAGUCCCCACCAGCAGGGCCCAUUGCCCGGUGGAGCGAGCGGUGGCCCCUAAAACCCUAUCCGCGGACCCACCGCCCAGCGAUAACCAACCUCUCCUGCCAAAGAACACGCCGAGACGCCGCCCGCCGCCGCUGCCAAGCCGUAACCGAAGAGGGAGCCCAAGCGAAGCAAAACCCCCCAAAUCCGAUCUUCCAUGGAGUCGCAGCUGCAGGGCAAUGGCGAGCAGGCCACGGACGCGCGCUACCACGACGCCCCGUCGGCGGCGCCAGUGCCGGCCAGCAAUGCGCCGCUGGCCAUAGCGGUGGUCCCGGCGGCCGCGCACGGGCCCAUCGUGCCCAAGCCGGAGCAGGCGCCGGGGGAGUUCCUGGGCGGCCUCGCCGUCGCGCUCCCGCCGCGGAACCGCGACCGGCACACGAAAGUCGAGGGCCGCGGGCGGCGCAUCCGCAUGGCGGCGCCCUGCGCGGCCAGGGUCGCGCAGCUCACGCGCGAGCUCGGCCACAAGACGGACGGCGACACCAUCCGCUGGCUCCUGCAGCAGUCGGAGCCUGCCAUCGUCGCCGCCACGGGCACGGGGACGGUGCCCGCGAUCGCCACCACCGUCGACGGCGUGCUCCGCAUCCCCACCGAGUCGGCCUCCGCCGCGGGGGCCGACGGCGCGGGGCCGGCGUCCAAGCGGCGCAAGCUCCAGCCGACGCGCGCGGCGGGCGGCGCGGGGCCGCUCGUCGCGGCGCCCCCCGCGGCCUACUACCCCGCGGCCGCCGACCCCCUCCUGCAAGGCAACGGCGCGAUUUCGGUGUCCAGCGGCCUCGCCCCCGUCUCGGCCGCGGCGGCGCCCGCGGGAGGCGGCAUCCCGUUCUUCACCAUACGGGUGCCGGCAUCCGGCGACGGCAAGCAGAUGGUUUCCCCUGCAGGCAUGUGGAUGCUUCAGCAGCCGCCCGCCGCCGGAGGUGCGCCCAACCAGCCGAUGCAGUACUGGCCGUUCCCGCCCAACCCUGCAGAGUUCAACAACUUCCCCGGCGCACAGGCCAUCAACGUCGCCAACUACCAGCAGCAGCCGUGCUACAGCCCGAUGCAGUUCGUCGCCGCCGGCGGGGAGCCACAGGACCAGCAACAAGCCGACGGCCGGAGCGAGGGCGCCGACGGCCAGACCCAGGGCCUGGAGGACGACUACGACGGCGAGGCCCUGACGGACUCCAGCUCCGAAGAGUAGCACGGCACGGCAGCGUUAUGCCUCCAUAGUGAUAGAACAAACUCGAAUCCAAGACUAGGUUAGAACUUUUGCCUGAUCUGAUUUUCUUCUUUCUUUCUUUCGUUCUUGUGCAAUGUCUCAUAUAUGAUGUUGGGGAUUUUGGGUUGGAUUGAAAUUUGGAAACUGGUGUAGAGAAGUAUUUAGUGUCGACAAUUGAGUAGAAAAGGUUGACAUGCCCAAAAGUAUUACUACGA